AAAGUCGAUAAAUUAAUGGCCAAAGUUGAAAGAAUCGAUCAACGGGUGGCACAAUAUUUAAAAAAUGCAGGAUACGAAAAGUGGUCAAGGGUUUAUGCCACUGUCAACAGAGGUAGAAUGAUGACUUCUAACAUCGCAGAAUGUAUCAAUGGAUGUCUUGUUGAAGCACGAGAGCUGCCUAUAAUUGACUUUUUGGAGCAAACGAGAAUGUUAUUUGGUUCUUGGAACUGCAAAAAUAGAGAAAUAGUAUCUUAUACAAAACAUACUUUGGGUAGAAAAUUCGAAGAUAUCCUAGUUUCAAACACGAUCAAGUGUUCGAGAAUGAAGGUUGUUGCUUCAUCAGAGUAUCUUUAUUCUGUUUACGAAUUAGGUAUAAGAUACAUUGUGUGUCUAGAGAGAAAAACAUGCACUUGUGGUAGAUUUCAACUAGACGAGAUACCAUGUCCACAUGCAAUUGCAGUGUUGAAGAGCAAGAACAUUACUGACCUGCACCCAUAUUAUUCUGAUUAUUACAAACCAGAGGCGUUGGUUGUAGAUUAUCAUAUGCAGUAA